CUCUGACCACGCCAACAACGACCGCAACACCGAAUUUCACCAGCUGUGUGAGAAUGUUUAUGUAGAACAUUCUGCUAUUUGAUCACCCUCGUCUCAUUUGCUUCUCCUCUACUUUCAGCGCAUUUUCCUUCACCCUGAUCCAUGGCGGGCAAGACUUUGGAAGCUCGUUUCGAGCACCUCUCUGUGAGAGAUGAGAAUGAAACCGGGAACAAUGGCAGUGGUUACCUAAAGCAUAAGAGCUCCCUAUCAACCGCUGUAUCCCUCUCGGGGCUGGGGGUUACAGGACAGCUGACCAGCGGCGCCAACCGGUCAAAUCUGCUCAAGCUGGCCUUGCAGAAUACAAAUGAAAACAAAGUUAAUGCGAUGAAUGUUGCCAUGUCCCCAGGGAAAGGAGCUCAGAAUCCAUCAUCACUUCGCAACCUUGACGAGAAUGGGGAGCAGCGAGGAGCAAGCCUUUACGAGCAGCCGGCACCAAAGAAGCUACAUUUGGGGAUGUUCGAAAUCGGAAAACCCUUGGGAAAGGGUAAGUUUGGUCGAGUAUACUUGGCCAAGGAGCGUUCUUCUGGCUUUGUAUGUGCUCUUAAGGUUUUGCACAAAUCGGAAUUGCAGCAAGGUGGUGUUCAGAAGCAAGUUAGGCGAGAGAUCGAAAUUCAGAGCAAUCUACGUCACCCGAAUGUCCUGAGACUCUAUGGCCACUUCCAGGACAGCAAGCGAAUCUUCCUGAUUUUAGAGUUCGCUGGGAGAGGAGAGCUUUACAAACACCUCAGGAAGGAGCAUCGCUUCCCCGAAUGGAAGGCUGCUCAGUAUAUUGCCCAGAUGGCUGCUGCACUCAAGUACCUGCACAAAAAGCACGUUAUGCAUCGGGAUAUUAAGCCCGAAAACAUUCUCGUUGGAAUUCAUGGAGAAAUCAAGAUCAGUGACUUCGGUUGGAGUGUUCAUGCACCAAACAACCGUCGACAAACAAUGUGUGGAACACUGGAUUAUCUCCCCCCGGAGAUGCUUAGAUCAGGUGCCCAGGACAAUUUCUACAGCGAGAAGGUCGACCUGUGGAGCUUGGGCGUGUUAACUUACGAGUUCCUUGUCGGCGAAGCACCGUUUGAAGAUACCCCCGUCAUGACCCAAAGGAGGAUCACUCGAGCGGAUAUGUCCGUCCCUUCUUUUGUCACUCCCGAGGCCAAGGACCUCAUCAAAAGGCUGCUCGUGCUUGACCCCGAGAAGCGAAUCUCGCUGGAUGAGAUCCAAAAACAUCCCUGGAUUCUUAAGCACUGCGCUAAGGAGGACCGCGUCAUGAAACGGAGUUCAGGUUCAUCAAAGGAAGGCAAAGCAUAAUUUUGCGUUUGCAUAGCAAGGGGUUUGGUGUUAGACUGUCAUUUGGUUCAUUUUAAUCUGCUUCCUUAUAGGCGUUUCUUAGUAGGGAGUUGAACUGGUGUUCCCGGAAAUUUUGUUUAUCAAGUCAUUAUUGUUUUUAGCAUUGAACCCAAGGUGUUCAGAAUAUGUCAUCAGCUCAGCGUCCUCGAUAUGAUACAUUAUAAUACAAUUGAAACUGCCUUUUGCGCCACUAAGCAAACCGAAUGAGGUAGGUAGAGAAGGGAGAUUGUAUAUACAUGGAAUGGUUUCAUCGGUAAAUUUCGUCGAAUGGUCGG